AUGCCGUACGUACCACCUCAUUUACGCAACUCGGCGGGCGGGUCGGCUGGAGGUUCCGCCCCCCCGUCAUCCUCCCAAGGAGGCCGAUCCGAUCCCCCAGGCCGGUACGGCGAUCGGAACGACUAUGGCAGCUUCGGCUCUAGAAGCUACGGCUCUCGAGAUAGAGACGAUCGGAGGGAUAGGGAUGACAGAGGGAGCAGGGACGGCGGCAGCAGGGACGGCGGCAGCAGCAGCUUCAGCAGCAGCCGUCGGCCGGUAGAGACCCGGGGAAGCGGCCCUCCAGAGCCGGUCUGCCCGGCAUGGAAGCCGUCGGACCGCGUGAUCCGCUUGCAAGAAGACCAGAUCGCCGAGGUCCGCGCGCGGCUGAACGUGACGGUGGAGGUCACGCCUGGCACGGGCGUUGCUCCCGCUCCAGUCGAGUCGUUUGACGACAUGGGCCUGCACCCGAACAUCUCAAAGGACAUCGUGUACCACAGCUACACCAACCCCACGCCCAUCCAGGCGCAGGCCAUGCCUAUCGCGCUCUCCAACCGCGACCUUCUCGGCUGUGCUGAAACCGGCAGCGGCAAGACCGCCGCCUUCGCCAUCCCCAUGAUUCAACACUGCCUGCAUCAAGCGCCUCUGCGGCCGGGCGAUGGGCCUCUGGCGCUCGUGCUGGCGCCCACCCGCGAGCUGGCACAGCAGAUUGAGAAGGAGGUGAAAGCGUUCAGCCUGUCAUCAGAUGGGUUUAAGACGGCCAUCAUAGUGGGCGGGACGCACAUGAGCGAGCAGCGGUCGGUGCUGCGAGGGGGCGUGCAGGUGGUGGUGGCGACGCCGGGACGAUUCAUCGACCAUCUGCAGCAGGGCAACACAUCGCUGGCGCGUGUGUCUUUUGUUGUGCUGGACGAGGCUGACAGGAUGCUGGACAUGGGAUUCGAACCCCAGAUGAAGGAGAUCAUGUCAAACCUGCCAAAGCAGCACCAGACGCUGCUGUUCUCAGCCACGAUGCCGGAGGAAAUAGAGGCGCUGGCGCAGGAGUACCUCAAGACGCCCGCGCGCGUCAAGGUGGGGCGCGUCAGCAGCCCCACGCAGAACGUGACCCAGUCGCUGGAGAAGGUGCCUGAGAAGGACAAGGUGGAUCGGCUGCUGCAGCUGCUGGUGGAGGAGAUGGCCGCUGCAGAGAGCGGGCAGCAGCCGCUGCCACUCACCAUCGUGUUUGUGGAGCGCAAGGUGAAGUGUGACGAGGUGUGCGAGGCGCUGACAGCGCAGGGGCUCAAGGCAGCAGCACUGCAUGGGGGGCGCAGCCAGGGGGAGAGAGAGGCGGCGCUGCUGGACUUCCGCAAAAACACCAUCAACAUCCUUGUGGCAACGGACGUGGCAUCAAGAGGGCUGGAUGUGUCAGGAGUAGCGCUCGUCGUCAACAUGGACCUCCCCAAGGCCCUAGAGGACUAUGUGCACCGCAUCGGGCGAACAGGGCGAGCAGGGGCGUCUGGGCGAGCCGUUUCCUUCUACACUGAUAGGGAUGCGUUUCUGGUGGCUCAGAUCAAGAAAGCACUGUCAGAGGCAGAGGCAGGCAACACCAUGGCGUUUGCGACUGGCAAGGCUGCAAGGAGGAAGGAGAAGGAGGAGGCAGCAGCGUUCCGGGAAAAUCGGGCAGCAACUGCCGCAAAUGUGACGAUGAUAGGGGCAACAGCAGUGAAGAUAGUGGAUCAGAAAUACAAGCACAUGAUUGUGGCUCAAGCAGGACCGGAUAAGGUGGAGGGGGUGGCAGAUGAUGCAUGGGAUGAUUAG